AUGCGACUAUUCACUCUCGUCGCGGCGGCUUGUCUUACUGGGUCAUCCUGGGCAGCAUCGGUGCCUGCGGAGCUGUUCUCCCCGCUCGUGGCCUCUAAAUUCCUGCAGACAGCGCAGAACGUGCCGAAUCCCGUUCAGUAUCCCCAAUAUACCGACCGCUCGCAAGGCGUAUGGCAGUACUUCCCGGCGGACUACUGGACCACUGGCUUCCUCCCUGCUUCUUACUAUGCCCUGCACACGCGCUUCGCCUCGCUCUGCCCGAACUCUAGCGCCGCGCAACAAUUCCUGGACCUGGGGAGGAGUCUGAGCGCGCCUGAGGUUGCGCUGGAGCAGCACACGACGGUGGGGCAUGAUGUAGGGUUUCUGAGUUUUCCCUUCGUGCAGGAGCUGGCAGUAGAUUCGAGCAAUCAGACUGCGGUCACCGCGGUGAAUACGUUUGCGACUCUCUUGGCGGAUCGGUUUAAUCCUAUCGUGGGCUGCACGAGGAGUUGGGACACGUCGGAUCCUACCGAUUUUCAAGUGAUCAUCGACAACAUGAUGAACCUGCAGGUGCUCUUCGAUUCGAUGGCUUUGACAGGGAACACGACCCUGCGGGACAUCGCUAUGUCCCACGCAGACAAGACGGCCCAGAAUCAUAUUCGGCCCGACGGUUCUUCGUACCACGUCGUCGAAUACAACUCGACCACCGGGGAUGUCAUCAGGCGGAGGACCGCGCAGGGGUACGCUGAUAAUAGUACGUGGACACGCGGGCAAGCGUGGGGGAUCUACGGUUUCGCUAAUAUGUAUCGCAACACGAACGAGUCCCGGUACAUCGAGACGGCGCGACGGAUGGCCUCGUUCUAUCUCUCGCAAGUACCGUCUGACGGUAUUGUGCCAUGGGACUUCGACGCGCCUCUCGAUCCGCCACGACCAGCAGACAGCUCUGCUGCUAUGAUCGCCACCGUCGGCCUGCUCAUGUUGUCCCAGCAAGAGGCAUCCCUAUCUCCUUCGAACACCACGGGUGCGCAGUACUGGAGUAACGCCGCCAUCAAGUUGUUGAGUGAUAACACUGCGUUUGCGUGGAAGCCCGAGUGGCAGAGUUUGCUUUCGAACGGGACGGUGAAUAACCCAGCUUCGCCGCCCAAUAACCUCACUGGGAUCAUAUACGGGGACUACUACUUCGUGGAAGCAGGGAAUCAAUUGAUCUCCAUGGGUCUUGCAUCAUGUUCGGGCAACUCAACUUCUCCCGCGAGCCCAUCAUCGUCCAUCCAGCCAGGCCAACAACACACAUCCGGAGCUCCCCGAACAAGACGCAUGUGGUUGUUGUAGACUCGUCGUUACCGAUACGUAGACAGCUGUGAUAUCACAAGCGAGUCAUUGAGUCGUCUUAAGGCGC